AUGCGUGGUUCUUUCAGCAUUAAACUCAACGAUGCCAAGCUUUUUGUUGUGGGCAUGUGUAUUGUUCUGGUCGCAGAAAUUUUCCUUGACGCGUCCUGGAAACGAUAUCCGUGCCUACUCAAAUACCGAUUGCCCAUGAUUACAACUGGCAAUUCCUACUUUGGUUCGGAAACCGAACACAAAGAUCCUGGUUACAACCGUACCUCCUGGAACUCGAUGCGUAUUACCUUACGAGCCAUAUACGAUGCGCGGGGUGAUAAUAUGUACUUUCUAAAAGCUGGACAAAAUGAUUAUAUUAUUAUGGAAAAUCUCCGUUACAUGCUCCUGUCUGAAAAUCCAGAUGAGCCGUUUAUCGUCGGUCAUGUGCACAAUCCUUCUGAUCAGAUUGCAAACAUCUCUGGUAGUGCCGGUUAUGUGAUCUCUCGGCAGGCAUUACGUUUAAUCGUAACCAAGGGAUUGGAUGAACAGCCCGCUUGUGCUGCGCAAGAUGCGAUCGAGGAUGUACAAAUUAGUAAGUAA